GAGAAGUAACAAACCACCACACCCAUGGCUGCUAGUAAGAUCCUCAUAUCCGUUAUAUCCUUGCUCUUGGUGGUCGGUUGCGUCCUCGGGGUCGUUUUGUUGAUCGUCAAAAGCGGAAAGGAUGAGAAUAUUAGCACUAGCACCAAAACAGCCGAGAGCAUAUGCAAGCCAACCGAGUACAAAGAGGCUUGCAACAAGGCGGUCGAAGAGGUGGCCAAAAACUCCUCCGCCACCCAUGAGGACUACAUCCUUGCCUCCAUCCGUGCCACCGCGGACGAGCUGCAAAAGUCCCUUAAAAAGGCCUCCGAGGCCAAGAAAGAUUUGGGCGACGACAAAAAGGAAUCCAAAAGGGACCUCGAGUCGUGUGAGAAAAUGAUAGGAUACGCAUCGGAUGAGCUCCAGCAGGUUCUUAAGGUUGUAGCCGAGACCGAAGCAGUCUCGUUAGCCGAACAAAUUGACCCUAUUUUAGUUUGGUUGACCGCGAUUCGAUCAUACCAGACGACAUGUGUGGACGAGAUUCAAGAUAAAAAACUUAAAAAAGACAUGCAAAAAGGAUUGGAAACUUCUAAUGAGCUAACCUUCAACGCACAAAAGAUUGUGUAUAAUGUGCUUGAUAUCCUUAAAGACAUCGGAGUCGAUUUAAGUGAGGUAAAAGUCCCAUCCACCGGACAACGCAGGCUUCUCGACGAGGUUGAUGAACUGGACCACCACGGUUUUCCGUCGUGGGUCCCUAGUGUUGACCGGAAGCUUCUAGGAGCCAAAAAAGGCGGUGGCGGUGGUGGUAAAAAGCAAAAACCAAAUGGCCAAGGGUUGUUCAAAACUCCACCGCCGCCACCUCUUCCACCGAACCCCGUACCCAACGCCAUCGUGGCUCAAGACGGUAGCGGGAAGUUUAAGAGCAUCAAACAAGCUUUGGCUGCUUACCCGCCGAAUCAUCAAGGAAGAUACAUAAUCUACAUUAAAGCCGGUACUUACAGCGAGGGACAAAUCAUCGUAGACAAAAAUCAAAACAAUGUGUAUAUGUAUGGUGAUGGCCGUGCGAAGACCAUAAUAACCGGGAACUUAAACUUUGCGAUCGCAAAGAUUGGAACCUCGCAAACCGCAACAGUGGUUGCGCUUGGAGAACGGUUCAUGGCUAAGGGAAUAACGUUCAGAAACACAAUCGGGCCAGCUGGACACCAAGCAGUUGCAUUCCGAUCGCAGUCUCCUCACACGGUUAUGAUGGAUUGCAGCUUCGAGGGUUACCAGGACACGUUAUACUACCAUGCACACGAACAGUUCUACAAGAAUUGUGCCAUAUCAGGAACCGUUGACUUUAUAUUCGGGGUGGGUCGGGCUUUUAUCCAGGACUGUGAUAUACUCGUUCGAAAACCGGAAGCGAAUCAAGGCAACAUGGUAACAGCAGAUGGAAGGAUGAAAAUGGAAGAAACGGGAGGGGUGGUGCUUCAUAACUGUAAGAUCAUGGCAGCACCGGAGUUGGCUCCUGUGAAGGCGCAAUUUCCAACCUACCUAGGACGACCAUGGAAACCUGCAGCGACGUCGGUGAUCAUGAUGUGUGAUAUCGGAGAUUUGAUCAAGCCAGAAGGGUGGACGACUUGGGAGUCGCCUGAGGGGAAGAAUAACCACCUGUCUUGUAUGUUUAGAGAGUAUAAUAACAGGGGUCCAGGUGCCAACUUAGCAGGUAGAGUCAAAUGGUCUGGUUUUAAGGUCAUUGCAAAUGAGAAGGAAGCACUUGGUUUUACAGCUGGCACGUUCUUAUUGGGAGGAACUUGGCUACCUCAAAGCGGUGUACCGGCUAAACUCGGGUUAUGA